CACGUCAGUCGUUCAAAAACUAUCGCCAAUUGGACAAAAUCAUCACAAAAAGCAACGGAGACGGACAGAAAUUGGUUAACUCUUGGGUGAUAGCAAUAGGUUCCAGUGAAAAUAUGAACGUUUAGUAUUCGGAUGUCCAUCGGGAGAAAAAAAGUGUGUGCUUUAAUAGUUUGUGUGUGUGAAAAUCAAGGAAAAGAUCCAAUCACGGAAGGAUGCUGUCAAACAUCUACGAAAUGUCGCAACUUAGCGAUAGUCGAAGGCUGACCACGGUGCUGAUGUUUCUAUUAUUAGAACUGUUUUUCGACCGUGCCGAUUCGGCUGCAUCACAAGCAGAGAUCAAUCGUCAUCUAGAAAUGGGAAGAGAUCUGCUCACAAAAGGACAGCUGUCGGAUGCGCUUACGCACUAUCAUGCCGCUGUUGAGGGUGACCCGAACAACUAUCUGACGUACUUCAAACGUGGCACGGUAUACCUGGCUUUGGGUAAAGCUAAAUUCGCCAUCAACGAUUUCUCCCGGGUGUUGGAGUUGAAGCCGGACUUCAUGGCGGCCCGCGCCCAACGUGGUCAAGUGUACUUGAAAAUGGGCGAUUUCGACAACGCAGAAAUAGACCUGAUGAACGUGCUGCGAAUGGAUCCGCACAACCACGAAGUCAACUUCCAGUACGCUAGGAUCGAUCCCGCACGGGAGCAAUGGGUUCUCUGUUUGGAUGUUAUUUCACGAGGUGACUAUACAACGGCCAUAGCCCUGUUGACACAGUUGCUGGAAAUCUGUCCUUGGUCUGUGGAAAUCCGGGAAGCCCGAGCUCAGUCCUAUAUUCGAAUCGGAGACCGCCUGGCCGCCGUCAGUGACUUCCGGUCGGUGAAUCGGUUAUCUCAUGAUAGUACCGAAGGCUACUACACCCUGUCGAAGAUUCUCUACGACUUGGGCGAUUCAGGGACGGCUCUGAAAGAGAUUCGCGAAUGCUUAAAGCUAGAUCCUGAGCACAAAGACUGUUUUCCAUUGUAUAAGAAAAUCAAGAAGGUGGACAAGGUUUACGUAGAUGCUCAGCAAGCCUUAGAAGAACAGCGGUACGCUGAUUGCACACAACAGGCCGAAAAAAUCAUCAAGCUGGAACCGAACGUUCCAAUGAUUGUCUACAACGGCAAACAAUUGCUCUGCUCCUGUUUGGUCAAAGAUGAACAGUUCACAGCCGCCGUUGGCAGAUGCCGGGAGGCACUGGACAUCUAUCAGGAUCCAGAAGUCAUGUGUGAUCGUGCAGAAGCUCUCAUCGGCGCAGAAAUGUACGACGAUGCCAUCCACCAGUAUCGCGAGGCACUGGAAGUAAACGAUGGCUUCCAGCGCGCAAAGGAAGGUAUCGAACGAGCUCAGAGGCUACAGAAGCAAUCGGAACGAAGGGAUUACUAUAAAAUCCUUAACGUGAAACGAUCCGCUGAUGACAAGGAAAUCAAGAAAGCUUACCGAAAAGCUGCCCAAAAGUGGCAUCCGGACAACUUCCAGGGCGAUGAAAAGAAGGUUGCAGAGAAGAAGUUCAUCGAUAUUGCCGCCGCAAAGGAAGUGCUCACCGAUCCGGAAAAGAGGCGACAAUUCGAUGCCGGUGAAGAUCCGCUAGAUCCGGAAGCCAACCGCAACGGUUUCGGUGGGGGAAAUCCGUUCCAUCACUUCCAGCACGGGUCACCGUUCCAGUUCAAGUUCCACUUCACGUAGAGUACAUCAUAGGAUUAUUUUUUUUUUCGGCGCCCCAGGAUGGGUGAGUUGUUCUCUAGAUCCCCCUUCCUACAUUAUUCCCCAACUGUCCACCUGUUGAUGCCGUGUAGUGCCAGCUUUAAUUUAUUGUCCUUAUUAAUUUUUUUUAUUCGUAAAGUGAACGAAAUUUCAUUAUUUUUUUUCAUCAGUAUAAUGAGCACAGUCGAAUUUAGCAAGCAAUGGUCGUUUUUGUUUUUAACUGUGGAGAAGUAUGAGAAACUCUACAAAAAUCAACAGAAAAGCAAAGUGAUGUGAGAAAAUGUGAAAAGAUACGGAGGAAACGUGAUUUGAUUCAGGGCCACAUACUCAAAAUUGCUAGUUUCCUUAUUUUUUCACCUUUUCCAAACGAUUAAUUUAAAGAACUGAUUAAGAGAGUAAAAUAAAAAAAAAACCUAGUGUAAAUAAACGCUUGAUCACAACUAAUGAUUAGUAAAAUGAA